AUGGUGGUCAGCAUGGCAGCGGACCAAUUCGUUGACGGCGAUGGCCACAUUUCAGACGACAGUGACUUCUACGGCGACAAGGGAGUUCGACAGAAGAUGGAGAAGAAUGCCAGCCGCCCUCUGAAGCGUUGCUUUGAGCCUCCAAUUCAUCCAUCGGCCUUCAAAAAGAUCAAGUCGGUUGAGCCUAGGGAGAAACCUGCCGUGCCUGUCUCGUCACCUCCGGAGCCAAAGUGUGAGCCACCCAGUCAACAAGAUGUUCUCAGCUUCUUGAAGUCUCGACCUCAGCUGCAGAGUCUCGACAAAACGCACAAGAAGAGCUUGGACCGUCCCAAACAGGAAGGCGCUAGGACUGUUGCAGGUGAACGCACACCUGACUUCGUCAGUGUCGACCGCGCCACUGACAGAGAGGAUGAGUGGCGAUCAAACGAGACCAUCGAUGCAUUGCUUCGUCGAGUGCCCGUCGCUGAUCCAGCCACCGCCAGAGUCGGUCCUUGGCUGUGGGUUCACAGCGCAAAAGUACCUUACAAACAAGCCAAGGCGAAUCGUGACCCUGCGAACAUGACACCCUUCUCCAUGGGUGGCGAAGCGUUUGAUUUGCUUGAAGCCUGCAGUGUACAGCGUGCUGCUAUCGAACGUCAAACCCCUGGUAAAGAGGAAGGCACGAUUACUCGAAAGAUGGGACCAUAUCGUGAUCAGCUCGAGAUUGACCUUCUGAAGCUGGCUGUCGAAAGCAGUGUCACCUACGGCAAGUGGAUGUUCUUCCCGUCUAAACAAGACUUACCAGACUACUGGCGUACUAUCGCGAUCGCCACCUCAGAAGGCAAGCUUGGGCCGACAUCGAAGGUAGGAACUUACGACGACGACGAGCCGAGCACUCUCAUUUGUGUCUACACCUACGACUUUUCUGACACCGACGACGUUCGACGAGUCCUCAACGAGCUCAACGAUCUCGGACUGGUCGCCCGCAACGGCAGGCCAAUACACUACAAAUGUGAUGCAUACACUUACCUUGGCAUCACGUCCAGCAAUCCUUACAAGCUGAAAGCAAGCCUGUACUCGAGCAAGGAGCUGCUGCAGAACGAGGUCAAGGCGCUGAAGGAUGGAUCGGUCGCACGUUUGAAGAAGAGAAAUAGGAAGAUGGAUGAGUUCUAUGAUCUCGUUGAAGGGGAUGAUAUCUCUUAG